CAUUGGCUGUUAUAGUGACAUCUGGUCAUUGGGAUGGUUGCUUCAUGAUCUCUGCAUGCUUGAUGUGUGGUCAAACAUCAUAGAGCGUCGCCGUCUACAUGCCAAUAGCCUGUCAGGAAUCAUCCCAGAUAUCUCAGAAAGGUACUCUGAAGAUCUACAGAAAUUAAUAAAAAAAAUGCUCAGCCAUGACCCUCAUGAGAGACCAUCAGCUGAUGAGAUUCUAGCAGAACCAUUCCUGAGUGAGGCAGUAAACAAAAACAAGAGAAUUCCAGAGAUACUUUAUCGAAGAUUCAUAAUGUCCUUAAAGACUUUUGAUGAGAGCUACAAUACGCACUAUGAAAACUUUAAGGCCUCAGUUAAAGACUGGGGAGAAACAACAGAUUCACUGGAGUCUCUGCAUUAUAAAACUACUGCAGGCAGUCUGUCAGGAGCAGUGAUUGGAGCAGCUGGUGGAGUCACUGCAUUAGUUGGUGCGAUUUUGGCUCCUUUCACUUUUGGAGCAUCUCUGAUUGUAGCAGGUGUUGGGAUUGGAGUUGGAGUUGGAGGUGGUGUAACUGGGGCGGCCUCCAACAUUACCAAUACAGUCAAACAAAAAUCAAUUCGUGAGAAACUUAAAAACAUUCAGCAGGAGUUCAACAAUGCGAGCACACCGAUUCUCAAAUCACUCAGUAAACUGAGAAGGUUAAUGAAAAAACUUACGGACUUCAGCAAUUUUGCCGGAGCCUUAACUAUUCAUAACGCACAGAUGUCAUGGAGGUUAGGCAGAAGUACAGUAGCUGGUACUACAGAAUUUGUGACUCUAGGAAUGUUGGCAAAUUUCGGUAGAAUUGCUGUACAGUCUGCCGGUGUUGGACGAGCAGUAGCUGCAGCCUCAGGUGUGUUGAGUGGAAUCCUAGUCAUUGCUGACGUCGCCUUUAUAGUGAAAGAUUCUCAAGAAAUUCACCAGAUGAGACAACACUGGCAAACAGAUGAUCCAGAAAAGGUCAAAUCCGAUGUACUUAAGUCAAUUGCAAACAUGAGGAAAACACACAAAGAUCUUUGCGAUGUCUUGAAGGAAAUUGAAAAAACAAAAAAUGAACUAAAUGAAAAUAUCGAAAAUGCUAGACAGUACUUUUAAGUUUUUAAAAAAUACUACUACAAUUAGGGUCAGAUUUUUGCAAUACAUCAUUCUAUAUUGUAAAUUUGAGCCACUGUAUUGUACGUAACAACUGCAUGGAUUAUUCAUAUUUACACUCACAGGAAAACUUAUCACAAAAAAUGCAGCAUAAUUUACAACUUUUUCAUAAAUACAUUAAAUUGUUCCUAACCUCAUUCUAAUGUAAAUAUAUUGUUAGUAUUUAUGAAUGCGUUACCACAUUCAGUUUAGUAGUUUGCAUAACACACACCAAAACUACAAUGCUUAUCUACAUAUAAGGGCUUUCAUUGCAGCCUUUCAUCAGUCUCAGCAAACAUACAAUGCUUUUUAUGGAUCUUAAUUUUUAUAAGGCUAAUGAUGUUUGUGUUUGUGUGUGUGUGUGUGUGUGUACUUGUUCUUGCUACAUUGUGGGGACCAAAUGUCCCCACAAGGAUAGUAUAACCUGACAUUUUUGACAUUGUGGGGACUGGCCUGUGGUCCCCACAGUGAAAAAAAGAAUAAAAA